GUUCGGCUGUCCAUUUUGGCUAAUUUGGGUGUUUUAUUUACAUUGCUUUCGCUUUAGCUCCCGUGUCUGUGUGAUUGUUAUCAGAGACAAUAGUAUAUUUAUUCUGAAUAUAUGAUGUAUAUUAGUGAUCUGGUCCAGGUUUAGAGGUUUUAUUAAACUCGGUUUAACAGUUUCCUGGCCCUGGCUUGAGUUAGCCGGGACCGGGGCUGGUUAGCGGAACUAGCCGGCUAGCUAGAGAGCUGCUCACCGUUACAGUGCGAUAUAUUGAGUUAAUUUUAAUAUUAUAAUUAUAUAUUCAUAACCUGCUGUCGGAUUCGGGUUGUCAGAUAUGGCAGUGGUAAAUGAAGUAGCGCUUAAAAAGAUGCUUAAGCAAUACAAAUACCGUGACCUGACAGUUCGUGAGAUUACAAACGUUAUCCUGCAAUACAAAGACCUUAAACCUCUGAUGGAUGCCUAUGUAUUCAAUGAUGGCUCAUCAAGAGAGCUGAUGAGUUUAACUGGGACUGUGCCUGUCAGUUACAGAGGAAAUGUAUAUAAUAUUCCCGUGUGUCUAUGGCUGUUGGACACGUACCCAUACAAUCCACCAAUAUGUUUUGUAAAACCAACAAGCGCAAUGAUGAUCAAGACUGGGAAGCAUAUUGAUGCUAACGGCAAGAUCUACCUGCCCUACCUGCAUGAAUGGAAGCAUCCUCAGUCUGACCUGUUUGGCCUGAUCCAAGUAAUGAUUGUUGUUUUUGGAGAGGAGCCCCCAGUAUUCUCUCGUCCCACGACUCAGCCAGCUUAUCAGGCGUUUCAGGCCACAGGACCCCCAAAUCAGUCAUACAUGCCUGGCAUGCCCGCUGUAUCAGCCUAUGGUCCAAACCCAAAUCCAUGUGGAUACCCAGGAUAUUCUUACCCUGGAGGGAGUGCAUAUCCUGCUACAGGGGGUCCUGCACACUACCCAUCCCAGCCACCAGUCACCACUGUCGGUCCGAGUCGAGAUGCCACCAUUGGAGAGGACACCAUCCGUGCUUCUCUUAUCUCGGCGGUGAGUGAUAAAUUGCGCUGGAGGAUGAAGGAGGAGAUGGAUCGGGCUCAGGCAGAGCUGGAUGCACUUAAGCGUACGGAGGAGGAUCUCAAGAAGGGCCAUCAGAAGCUGGAGGAGAUGGUGUCUAGGCUCGAUCAGGAAGUGGCUGAGGUGGACAGGAAUAUCGAGUUGUUAAAAAAGAAGGAUGAGGAACUAACUGAAGCUCUUGAGAAAAUGGAAAAUCAGUCAGAGAACAACGAUAUCGAUGACGUCAUUGUCCCCACAGCGCCACUUUACAAACAGAUCCUGAACCUGUAUGCAGAGGAAAACGCCAUCGAAGACACCAUCUUCUACCUUGCAGAGGCUCUGCGCAGAGGCGUCAUUGAUCUGGAGGUCUUUCUCAAGCACGUCCGCCUGCUCUCCAGGAAACAGUUUCAGCUACGAGCACUUAUGCAAAAGGCUCGGAAGACUGCCGGACUUAGUGACCUUUACUGACCCUACUGCCAUCCAAACUCCAUUUCUUUCUGUCUUUUUUUCUGUUUUUUAACCAUUUGUGUAACUCCAACCCAAAUUUACAAAGACACUGGAUAAUCUGUUAUACCACCGUGCUGUUUAAGUUUCAAAUUUAAUUGGUCAGUAGAUGUUGACUUUUCUGUAACAGCCGCUAUGACAGAGUAGCGCUAGCCACAAGGCAAAUCACAAGUUUUUAUUUAUGCUGUUAUAAUUUCUGUGGUAAGAGCAUGUUUGGGAAAACUUAUAUGUCAGACACCAUUUUAUCUAAAACUAAUAAUAACUGUUACUAUGGUACAGUUAUCUGUAAAGAGACAUUAUUUAAUAUUUAUGGAAGGAGUCACGGGUGUCAGUCGUUGUCACAGUCAGUAAGUUCUCCACCAGGGGGAAUUUUUAGGACGGAGGACUUCUUAUUAACGUCAAGUGAUGGUGAGGUACUGGUCCAUUAUAGCUGCUAUACGUAGGUUUUAACAGGAAGUUGUUACAUUAACGUUAAAUGUAAACAUACAUAAGA